AUGUUGACCACAGAUUAUGACUUUACUACUAAUUGUCUGAUAGUACACCAGCACCAAUUGGAUUCACAGUGGUCACCGUUUUGGAUCAAUCACACGUGUGCACACCGUCGUGGGAUAAUGGGUUGUCUUUACUUUGAUCAGUUUGCUGGCUACUAUAAGUGGCUCAGCCAUCCUGUGGUGCAUAUCCUUCGCCGGUGUUCGGGAGUAGACGUCCCGUUGCAAAUAACCUACUUGUACUUUCUCGGACGUUCGCAGAAGUCCUCUAACCUCUGGGUUCUU